CAGAAAUAAGCACUGAAGUGAGUUUACGAAGGACGUGUGAUAGGACAAGUGUUUCAGUUGCAGAUGGAGGCCUCUUCGCAAAGCAGAGCUGGAGGACUGUGGAACAAUGCCAGGGCCACCGCGUACAGCAAGGAGACCCAGGACAUGCUGAGACUAAUGAUGCAGGAGUCCAGGCUCACCAACCUCCAGAGAAAACAGGUCAAUGAAAGUCUGAAGAAUGGAGCAGCUUUGCCAUUGGCCUCUGAUCUCACAUCAUCAGCUUCUCCCCCUCAGCCCAAGACCAGUAAACCUGUCCAGAAACGCCUGCCAGCCAAGCCUCAGCGACGCAGCGCUGAAUCUUGCCGUUCUGGGGACAGCUACGUCAGAGAAAAGUUUCGUCCCACUCCUACGAGAGACUUAGAGAAAGAGAAGAGGAGGCUUCAGAAUAUAUUUGCAACGGGACAAGAAGAACCCACAGCUGUAUGUUCCCAAAAUACUUCUUCAUGUCUGAACUCAGAAGUGGAGGAGGAGAGAGACCGGUUUCAGCAAGUUCUGGAUGAGAUAGAGGAAAGAAGGCAGUUUCUGGCAGACAUGGCCUCUCUGGGUCAGGAGAAGAAGUACAUCAACAUUGUCAACACUGAAAUAUCCCAGAAAAUCAGAGAACUGGAGGCGCUGGACAAGGCCCGCUGUCUCAAGACAGAUACAGUGACAUCAAAACAGAAAGAGGACAGCGCAGAACAGCCAACUGAAGACGUGGAGUCGUAGGAGACAACAGCAGAGAAGACUGACCACAGACUCAACACUUGGAAGUUAGCUACAAACAGUACAACUGCUCAACCAUUCAACACAGACAGGUUCAGAUUAUAAAU